AUGCGGUACUUUGAAGUUCACUUGUCUGGCAAGAUUCAACAUUUGCAAUCAUCGUUUUUAACUUUAAUUAGCAACUCCAGUGCCCUGCCUGAUGGGCUCUCUUUGGUGUCGGUCUUGUCCUGUUUGCUCCUCGCUUGCUCUUACGUUGGAAGUUUAUACGUGUGGAGGAACGAACUGCCCCGGGAUCACCCGGCUGUCAUCAAGCGGCGUUUCACCAGCGUGUUGGUGGUUUCGGGCUUGUCGCCGCUAUUUGUGUGGGCAUGGAGGGAAUUGACAGGCAUUAAGAUGGUGCCAUCACUACUUGCGAUCAUGGGGAUCCGCUUCGAAGGCCUUGUACCUGCUGUCGUCUUUCCUCUCCUGCUCACUAUGGUCUUGUUUCUGGGCCCCCUGACGCAGUUGGCCAUGGACUGUCCCUGGAGCCUCACGGACGGCCUGCGGGUAGCCUUUGACCCGUGCUUUUGGAUCCUGUGCUUCAGCGACAUGCGCUGGUUAAGAAACCAGGUGGUGGCGCCGUUAACCGAGGAACUGGUGUUCAGGGCCUGCAUGCUACCCAUGUUGGUGCCCUGCUUCGGCCCGGCCGCCGCCGUCCUCACCUGUCCACUUUUCUUCGGAGUGGCGCACUUCCACCACGUGAUCGAGCUGCUGCGCUUUCGUCAGGGGACGCUGUCGGGGAUUUUCCUCUCGGCGGUCUUCCAGUUCUCCUACACGGCGGUUUUCGGGGCCUACACGGCAUUCAUCUUGCUUAGAACAGGUCACUUGGUGGGUCCGGUGCUAUGCCACUCCUUCUGUAACUACAUGGGCUUCCCUGCCAUCAGUGCGGCCCUGGAGCACCCCCACCGUUCCGCUGUCCUCUCUUCUUACCUCCUGGGCGUUCUCCUCUUCUUCCUUCUCCUCUUCCCGUUCACCGACCCCUCCUUCUACGCUUCCCCAACACCACUAUGUACCCUGGACCCUUUGUCCAGCCCCCUCUGCCUCACCGCUCCUUGA